UCGCUCCGAGCAUUCAAUGCCAAGUGCCAACGUACACAUGUAUUCCGUUCAGUUCGAAUAUUCCGGCUCCUUUUGACAAAAUUCUUACCAAAUUAAACUAUGUAAUGAUGAGGAUACACCGGUUGCUGAUGAACAAGUCCUCCUGCUACGGUCACGUGCUGCAGCGCUCGAUAAGGGUUCCCAGGCGAGCUCAAACCCCACUGGGGAAUCGUGGAGGAACUUCCCUCCAGGUGCGCCAUAGCUUCCAGGGCCCGCGGAAAGAGGACAAUAGUCCGGGAAAAUCGCUGGACCUCGAGCUGGACUUCUCCGUGGCGAAGGAUGAGCCGCACCAGGUGUCCCUGCCCCUGAUGGUGUACGUCUACAGUCCGCUGAGUCGUCUGGCCACCAAGUUGUCCCUGCUCCGGCUGAAGUUCAUGUGGGAUUGGGACUUCUCCGAACGGCACUUCAUAGAGAACUCCCUCCAGGCGGCAGCCGUUUUCACGGACUUCGUGAGGCGUCGUCGCAACCGAAAUGUUGAACGAUGCAGUACGCCCAUGGGCUUCAAGCAGAUCAAGCACGAUCUUCUGGACGACCCGCCCGACUGGAGGCUCAAGAUGAUGCGCUUCGAGAGGGCGCACUUCCGCCGGGCCAUUCCCCUCAAGGUGCAGCUCCUGCGGCACUACGACCACCGGUUCGCCUUCAUCGAUGUGGUCUUCGUGGCUCUGCGGCGAUCCAACGACUUCCGCUCGCCAGCGGAACUUAAGGAGAUGGCGGAGCUGCUCAAGGACUAUGUGGACCCCGCCCAGCUGAGGGUGCCCCAUCCGCUGAUCUUUGCCGAGGUCUUCAUGCGCUUCCGACGCGACUACUCCGUGGAACCCACAAAAAUGGGCAAUAUGCGGGACAACAAUCGCUGCAUGGGCCAGUGGCUCAUCUCCACCUACAAGGUGGUGCGCUUCGACAUCCUCAACCACCAUCCGCUCUUCGAGAUUCCCCAGUUCGAGGAGUGGAUGCCGCCGGUCAUGACCAGGAUGGGCCGCAGUCUGGAAUAGAAUUUGUUUAACUUGGUCAUUUACUUGGAGAAAUAUUCUCGUGCUGUAUUUCGCUAUAAAAUUGUAAAUUAUUGGGUGAACCCUUCAAAAAACCAUAUUAGUAAGAUGUAUUAAAGCCGUUGGAACACUUA